AUGGCAAGACCAGCAGAACAUAUUGAACCUAAUAAGUUAGGAAACCUUAAAGGGGAAAAGAAAAGAAGUUUCCGUUUUGAAGAAUUAAAAGUUUGGGGUCCAAAACACAUCAUGAAGACAAGCACACCUGCAGUCAACAAAAACUUGCCCUUGCGACCUGGGAGGCCCAUGGAAGAAGCAAGCUCUGGGGCAAUGGCCACCCUGCCUCUGAGAUUUGGAAGAAACAUGAAGGAAAGCACCAGACAUGUUCCUAAUCUGCCACAAAGGUUUGGGAGAACAACAGCCAAAAAUGUGACCGAGACACUGAGUGAUGUGCUCCAAAGACCCAUGCAUUCACCAUCUGUCAGUGAGCUGCUUUAGGCUCUGUCCUGUCAGCCCCCAGAAAUCCAGAAUCCUGAUUAA